AUGGACGCAGAGAUGGCAUCCUGGAAGUCCACAGGCACCUACGUCGACGAGGUUCCCCCUCCUGGGGCGAACAUCGUCGAUGGCAUGUGGAUUUUCAGGGUGAAGCGGCCGCCAGGUUCUCCGCCUGUCUUCAAGGCUCGUUACGUUGCUAGAGGCUUCAGUCAGCGUCAGGGGGUCGACUUCUUCCAGACCUUCUCCCCCACCCCGAAGAUGACCACUCUUCGGGUUCUGCUGCACGUUGCUGCUCAGCGUGACUACGAGCUUCACUCUCUUGACUUCAGCACAGCGUUCCUGCAGGGCAGCCUGCACGAGGAGAUCUGGCUGCGCCGCCCACCUGGCUUUACUGGGUCGUUUCCCCCUGGUACCCAGUGGAGCCUCCGCCGGCCAGUCUACGGUCUCCGCCAGGCGCCACGUGAGUGGCACGACACACUGAGGACUACACUUGCGGCUCUUGGGUUCGCGCCGUCUACUGCUGACCCGUCGCUGUUUCUGCGCACAGACACGUCGCUGCCGCCGUUCUACAUUCUCGUGUACGUCGACGACUUGGUCUUUGCUACUGCUGACACUGAGGCACUCGCUCGUGUGAAGUCGGAGCUGCAGAAGAGACACACCUGCACUGACCUGGGUGAACUGCGUAGCUACCUUGGCUUGCAGAUCACCCGGGACAGAGCUCGCCGCACCAUCACCCUGACUCAGUCACACAUGGUGCAGCAGGUCCUUCAGCGCUUCGGCUUCCAGUUCUCCUCACCACAUGCCACACCUCUGGCUACCAGCCACUUGCUCUCAGCUCCACCUUCGGACGAGUCCGUAGAGCCGAGUGGCCCGUACCCAGAGCUUGUAGGCUGCCUCAUGUACCUGAUGACUUGCACGCGACCUGACCUCGCGUACCCACUUAGCAUCCUUGCUCGCUACGUUGCGCCUGGGAGACACAGGCGAGAGCACUGGGAGGCUGCUAAGAGGGUGCUGCGUUACUUGUGCAGUACAUUAGGCAUGGGGCUGGUGCUUGGAGGACGCGACAGAGUUGUCCUCACUGGUCACUCGGACGCUUCUUGGGUGGACGACCUGGCUACGCAGCGGUCGUCACAGGGUUACACCUUCAGCCUUGGCUCUGGUUCUGUCUCGUGGCGGUCCACCCGCUCUUCUUCUGUUCUCGGCUCUAGUUGUGAGGCUGAGAUCUACGCCACAACCAUGGCUGCACAGGAGUUACGCUGGCUCACCUACCUGCUGACUGACUUGGGAGAGCGGCCUAGUUCUCCUCCAGUUCUGUACGGUGACAACAAGGCGGCUCUUGCCUUGUGUCAGGAGCACAGACUGGAGCACAGGACGAAGCACAUUGCUCUUCGCUACUUUCUUGCUCGAGAGCUUCAGCAGCGCGGUCAGCUUCGGCUUGUGUACGUGGACUCGAAGGCCAACACUGCUGAUAUCUUCACCAAGGCGCUCCCGCCUAGUGAUCAUCAGCGGCACUGUACUUCUUUAGGCCUUGUGUCCACGUUUCCUCACUUGCUCACUGCUUGA